AUGGUUUCAAACAAUGCUGUUCCGAUGAAGUUAGAAAGUUCUGACAGAAGAUAUGUAGUUGUCAGAACGUCAGAUUCUCAUAUGCAAGAUACAGAAUAUUUUGACGACUUAGCAGAAACUUUGACAUCUGACUUUUACAACCACUUGUUCUCAUAUUUCAUGACAUUAGAUAUUUCUAAGUUCAAUCCAAGACAAAUUCCACAUACAGAAGAGAGACAAACAUUGUUAGAAGCAAACAAGAGUGUAUAUGAACUGUUCAUAGAAGAAAGCGACUUUGUGUCAUUAGAUGAAAGGUCUUUAUAUGAUGAAUAUAAACAAUAUUGUCAAGAAUAUGGUUAUAUGGCAGCUUCUAAACGAACAUUCUUGGCAAAUGUCAAAAGUCUUUUAGAUGUUCAGAAUGGUGUAUAUACAAAGAAAAUUUUUUCUGAGUAA